GCGAGUUGACUCUGGCUAAUUCGGACGUGGAAAGGGCCGCCUGGGUUCCACAUAACUACGGGACUAUUGAGGAAGAGUGUUGAAACAGUGCAGAGGAAGGCAGUAUUUUACGGGACUGCCUUGAAUUAGGCCUGGGGACCAAUGAAUUAAAAGCGUUGCUCCAAAUUCUCAAAGCGGAAGACUGGCUCGAGCAUUGCCUUGCCAGGUUGGAGUACAGAACCCAUUUUGGCCCUCUCUCCAAUGUCAUGAACAGGUGCUGGCACCAGAAAUUAGCUACAUACUGAGGCUUAUUGGGGCUAAAUCCAGGAGCAUUUUGGUAGCUUUUGGAUGUUGAAGAGAAAAUGAGAUGUCAAAGUUUUCAUUCAAUUCACAAAAAAUUCAAAUUGCUGCUGGCCAAAUUAUUGUUGCCUGAUAAUCCAUGGAUCAAAGUCAGUAUCGUCACAGCUGACAUAGGUCAAGGACAACCAAGCACUUCAAAGUUCCUAUGCACCAAAGUAAUUACGUUUUCCAUGCCAUCAAUUCAUGCUGGGAAGAUGCAAACUAGAAACUUCUAAGUUAACCGCAGAAAGGUCACUCACCCAAAGCCUAAGUUACUUGGUAUGACUUAUCUCUUGCAUUAAAUUUAGCUACCUACUAGCAUUUAUAAUUUAGCUGGUACCCUUUUUUCUCUUAUUCUAGACCAUUUGAUCCAUUUCUUUUGCUGCUGGAAUCUUGAUGAUUGAUAGGAUCUGAUCAGGGAAAACUUCCACGUUUAUUUCUUUGAUUAAAUAAGGCUUUUGCUUUCAAGAGUAGCCUGCUUCUCCAUCAAUUUCUAGAUUUUGCAGCCUCAUUGCUAUCCUUCAAAUGCUUGUAAAUGGAAGGAGGUAAGAGAGGUUCCACCAUCAUGCAUUGGCAAAGGUGAAAUAUUAAUUAGCGCAAUAAUCCAAUUUGUUAUUU